ACAUUUCUCUCUCGCCCGGUCGCCCCACCCGCUGUUCCACCAGUUACUACUACUGACAGACGCAGCCAGCGCGGGUUCCACAAUCCGAUCCCCCUCACAGCCGCAUUUUUUUUAGCGGCAGCGGAAUUUAACUCGCCUCUCCCGCCGCCGCCCGCCGCGCAGCCCAAUGGACCUCCCCGUGGUGGAUCUCGCGCCCUUCCUGCAGGCCGCCGCCGGCGACGCGGCGCCGGCCGAGGCGGAGGAAGCGCUGCGCGCGCUCUGCGCCACGGUGAGCGCCAGCCUGCGGGACACGGGGGCGCUGCUGGUCAAGGACCCCCGCUGCACCGCCGCCGACAACGACCGCUUCCUCGACGUCGUCGAGCGCUACUUCGCCCGAUCCGACGACUCCAAGCGCCUCCAGGAGCGCCCCCACCUCCACUACCAGGUCGGCGUGACGCCUGAAGGGGUGGAGGUACCUCGCAGCCUCGUCGACAAGGAGAUGCAAGACAGGAUCAAGAGUAUGCCAGAGGAGUUUCAACCAGCCACCCCUAAGGGACCAGACCCUAAGUGGCGCUACAUGUGGAGAGUGGGCCCUCGCCCGUCGAAUACCCGCUUUAAGGAGCUGAACGCAGAACCUGUUAUUCCUGAUGGCUUACCUGAGUGGAAAGAGACCAUGGAUUCCUGGGGUGCAAAAAUGAUUUCUGCAAUUGAGGUUGUUGCUGAGAUGGCGGCGAUUGGAUUUGGCUUGUCAAAGGAUGCAUUUACCUCUUUGAUGAAGGAGGGACCGCACCUCCUAGCACCAACGGGAAGUAAUCUGCUGCGUCAUGGUUCUGAGGGCACUGUGUUUGCUGGGUUCCAUUAUGAUCUUAAUUUCUUGACCAUACAUGGCCGUAGUAGAUUUCCAGGCCUGAACAUUUGGUUAAGAAAUGGUAAAAAGAUGGAGGUGAAGGUUCCUGUUGGCUGUCUUCUCAUUCAGUCAGGGAAACAGUUGGAAUGGCUUACUGGUGGUGAAUGUUUAGCUGGAAUGCAUGAGGUAGUGGUGACCAAGAGAACAUUAGAGGCAAUAGAACUAGCUAAAGAGCAGAACCGAAGCUUGUGGAGGAUCUCAUCAACGCUAUUCUCGCACAUUGCUUCCGAUGCGACGCUUAAGCCAUUGGGCCACUUUGCUGAAGCACCCAAUGCUCAUAGUUAUCCGCCUAUAUGUGCCGGGGAGUAUGUGGAACAAGAGCUCUCGGCGAUCAAUCUGAAAGGGAAGGUUGCACUUUAGGUGCACACAGACCGCCGAUUAAUCUGGUGACUUGGUGACUCGUUGGUCUGCCUUCUAUGGUCAGAAUGCGAAUUGCGAUAAUCCAAGCUGAUACUUGUAUCUUCAUUCAACUUUGUUGACAUAACGAGGUUGCGCCGGUCUAUUUUCGACACAACCCUAUCUAUAUCCAUGCUAAGUAUAUGUCCAUUUGAUCCCCCUGUUAAGUUAUAGUGGAUGCUCAUGCUCUGGUGUACUGAACUGAUAGCACCUGUGAAAAUUAAAUAAUAGCAGUGCUGUUAUUCUCGAA